CGGUAUUUAUACAUAGCACGACGUUGUGAGCUCUGCGUCGCUAUCAAGAAUGAGGCCGGCUUCGUUGCUUGUAGUCGCGGGUCUUGCCCUUUUCGUUGCCGCGAGUCACAGCGCGCACGCACAGGCCGCAAACUGCAAGAUUCUCUACCCGCCUUACUCGAUUCAUGAGGAAGAGGCGCAGUAUGCCGAGGACCCAUCCGGCGGGGGAGCUUUCGACUUCCGCAUGUUUGCUUCGAAGCACUCUAACGGUGCUGACAGCCUGGAGUUCGGUCGCUACACGCUGUACCCGGAGAAGGACAGCGGCGUGCACCGGCACCUGGAGGGUGACGAGUGGAUCUACGUGCUGGCGGGUCACGGCACCUACGCCUACUGGGCCCACGAGAACACCGAGGUGACCGAGCUGCCCGUGCACCAGGGCUCGGUGCUGUUCAACCCCCAGGGACAGCUGCACAAGCUCACCAACACCGGCACUGAGCCGCUGUAUGCGCUUAUCCUCAGCAAGAACCUGGGCGGCACCGAGAUCCUGGCUGGCUGGCCCGAGUUGCCCACCGGAGGCGUGGGCUACGUGCCUGAGCUGAUGCCCUGGGAGACCUCGUGCGCGCCCGGCCACGAGCCGGACGAGUUCUACGCGGCGGCCACCACCGGCGAGGCCUUUGAGCAGCCCGCCGCGGAGGGCGAAUGGACCGGCGGCGAAGAUCAGCAUGCCGAGCUGUGAGUGGAGGAGCUGCGACAUCGCGCGUUUGGGGCCAGGGCGCAGCUGUGCUGCAGCAAUCUGGACCGGGCUGCAGGGCGAAUGCAGGAGCUUUGAGUAGGCUUGCAAGCGUGCAUGGGGGCAGAUGCUGCGAGCGGCCGAGUGGUAUGUGUCUGGGCGGUCGCUGCGGGCUCAUAUUAUUGACGAGUGUUGCGGAAUAUCAUGCAUGCUGGUGUUGUUGAAUUGACGUUCUUCCUGGGUGGGCUGUGACCUCAAUACUCGGGAGGCAGCCCGCUGUCGCAGUUGGUCUGGCGUCUGAAAGGCACUUCAAAUGUUGUUGUGGAGGCGGCACAGCUGCACAGGGUUUGGUUGCGGUGGGGCUCAAGGUAGCCGAACGCGUUGACGCGCUGCCGAUGUGCGUGUGUGCAUAUGGGUCGAGUGCGGCCCUGGAACAAGGGCGUGCACGGAACGAACUCGCUCCGGAAGUGAUCCGCUCCCUUUUAACGAGGUUCAACGGUUGCUGGCUUCGCAGCGCACUGCUUCUUAUGGGUGCAUUUACGCACAGGGUGCUUGUUGCGGUGGUGUGGUUGGUGCGUGGUCGCGUUAGAGCCUUGUUUACAGCCGGAUGCUAGCUGCUUCGGCCACACCUGGGCCCACCUUUCACUGCGCAUCGCAUGGCUGCUGCACGCUGGCAGUAGUGCAGGACCUACCGACCCUGAUAUUGCAUGGUCUGCAUGACCGUCUUGUAACUGUGCGCUGGCUUGGCUGGUUGCAGUGAC